AUGGAAGCCAUAAGAACUUUUGGACCAAAACUUGGAUCUAAAAUCUCUAUUCGUUCUCAGACCAAUCUAUUCCCGGCAUGCAAACUCUCUCGCUUUCCAGUGACGUCAUUUCCCGGUAAGUCGCUGAAGCUUGUUCCUUUGAAAGCCACUACUCAUGCUCUGGCUUCUGAAGAUGAAGCAAAUAAUCGCAAGUUCAAAAAGUUGGAGCCUUCUGAAUGGAAUCAUCACUUCCUCUCUGCUCAUGUUGAUUUCUCGGAAAUCGAUGUGCUUGGGAGAGAGAUAGAGGCACUAAAGCCAAAAGUGAGGGAAAUGUUCAUGUCUUUGAUAGGAAGUAAGAAGAUAAUCCUUUUUAUAUAUUUGCUCGUGAGCCUUGGUCUCGCCUAUCAUUUCGAAGAUGAGAUCGAAGAGUGUCUCAAAGAUGGCUCCGAGAAGAUACAGGAGAUGAUGGAGGGUGAAGAUGACUUGUACACAGUUUCAGUCAUCUUCUGGGUUCUUAGGAGAUAUGGUCACAACAUUUCUUCUGGUAAGGGUUAUGUUUCUGAUUACACCGUCUUUUAAUGGUACAAGGAACAAGACUUUGAAACUAAGUUGCCACCUUACUACAGAGACAUAGUCGUGGAACUCCACCUCGCUGCGCUAGCUUACAUGGAGCCGAAACACUCACGUAUGAGGAUUAUGAUCUCUAAGAUAUACGUGGUUCAAUUAUUUAUAGAUGAUACGUGUGACAGAUAUGCUUCUCUACGUGAGGUCGAAGUCCUCGCCAGUGCCAUUGAAAGGUGGGAUCUGGAUGAUCAUGACAUGGAUGGACUACCAGAUUAUGUGAAAUAUGUGGUUAAAUUCAUAGUUCGUACAUUCCAAGAAUUUGAAAGAGAAUUGGGGUCAGAAGGAUCUUACGGCGUGAAAGCUGUAAUUGAAGAGUGCAAAAGUAUGAUGAGAGACAACGUUAUACUCGCGAAAUGGGAAGCAGUGGGUCACUUGCCUAGCUUUGACGAGUACCAAGAUGCUACUUUAGACGAGUUCGCUAUAUAUUUGACCUUCACAGGCCUUUUUAUGGGUAUGGAUCAUGAUAUCUGCAAAAAGGAAGCUUAUGAGUGGUUGAAAUCUAGAGACAAACUGAUCGUUAGAGCAAUAACUCUAAUAUCACGAGUGGCGAAUGAUAUGUUUGGCUAUGAGGAUGACAUGAGCAGAGGAUAUAUGACUGGCUCGGUCAACUGUUACAAGAAGCAAUAUGGAGUUACGGAAGAAGAAGCCUUUACAAAGCUUAGUGAAAUGAUGGUAGAUGCUUCUAAGAUGUUGAACGAGGAGUUUUUGAAGCCAAUUAAUGUGCCAAACCAGGUUCUCAAGGUAGUCAACGACCUUUUACGUUCGAUCAAUGUUUUCUACAACAACUAUGAUGGACUUACUCGUCCUGCUAGAAUCAAGCACCAUAUCAUGUCUAUGUUCGUUGAUAUGAUUUGA